UGGCUGUUACUCGAUAUUUGUGUUUCAGAUGUUUUAAAGCUGAAUUUAAUAAAUUUAUUGAGUUUGAUGGGUAAACACCUUAUGAAAAUUACAUAUGUUAACUUGUUUUCUUUUGUGUUUUUCAUACAAGUCUUUCGGGGCCAUCAUGAGAGGUAUUGUGUAUGUGUGUAUGUGUUUAUCUCAUGGAAGCUGCUACAUAUCAUUUGGAUCCCGUCCAAAUGCCACGCAGCCUAUCUCAGAGGUGGCCCGGGCGUGCCCAUGCCCUGUUUCAUGACCUAGGCUCCUAUAUAAAACCCCCUCAGUCUGGACUGAUCGCAGUAUUCAACUUCAACCAAACAAUCUACAGGCAAGAUGACCAGUCUCACUGCUAAAGACAAGGACGCAGUCAAGGCCUUCUGGGCUAAAAUUUCUGGAAAGGCUGAGGACAUCGGCACUGACGCUCUGUCCAGGAUGCUGGUGGUCUACCCUCAGACCAAGACCUACUUCUCCCACUGGAAGGACCUGAGCCCCGGCUCUGCCCCCGUGAGGAAGCACGGUAUCACCGUGAUGUCUGGAGUCGCUGAUGCUGUGUCCAAAAUCGACGAUCUGAAAGGAGGUCUCCUGAACCUCAGUGAGCUGCAUGCCUUCACUCUGAGGGUGGACCCUGCCAACUUCAAGAUCCUGUCCCACAACAUCCUCGUGGUCUUGGCCAUCAUGUUCCCCAAAGAAUUCACCCCUGAGGUCCAUGUGGCUAUGGACAAGUUCCUGGCUGCCCUGGCUCGUGCCCUGUCUGAGAAAUACCGAUAAACUGCGAACAGGAGCAGUAGCAGAUGACAGACAGCAGCACGGGGGCUUUGAUUCCCUCUGUUAGUCAAUAUAUGA